AUGAACGGAAACUCCAACGGAAUUUCUACCUCCAAUACUGACAGUAAUCCAACUCAAAAUGGAUCAACGUCCAAUGACAGCACAACUGUUGAAGCUAAUUUACUAAAAUUACAAGAUGCACUUCAUGCGAUACGAGAACUACGUUGGAAUGUCAAAGAUCUCUUCAACGAUCUCAAUGAUCAAAUCUUAGCUGCUCAUCAUCAAGAGGAUGCUGAUACUCAAACGAAGAAUAUGACUCAACUGAAACAGAAAUUAGAGGACGCAAAUACCAGUAUUAAACACCAUUUAAUGCAAUUGAGCAAUGCAGAGUUCAAAAGCAUGCCUUCUUUGCCACCCUCUUCUGCACUUCCCUCUCUGCUACUUUACGAUCCUCAAUUGGAAGGAAAAUCAACACACCAAGAUCUGAUCAAUUCGUAUGAAUGGAAUCAAAAUGUAAAAACAAACAGUAAAGUUAUAUACCAAAUUAUGGACAAACGACAACACGAAAUUAAUUUUCUACAAAAUGAAAAUGAUGAUAAACUAUCCAGAAGCGCAGAUCAUGAUAUCAGCAAUUUGCAGAACAUUAAAAAUGACAUGCUAACAAGGAUUGGUAACUCCCACGAAGAACUAGUAAUAGAUACAAGUAGCAACGACGGCUCCUUAGUUAAAGUAACUAUCAAAAACACUAUGACAGCACUUAUAUAUAUAACUGAAAGUUUAGUGAUCUCCAAGGUUUUGGUCAUGGCUCCUGAAGAAUUGAAUAAAGUUACAUUACGCGCAACAUCGGCAUCAUUGCAUUAUUAUGGUAAUAAUACUCCUGCUGCAGCCUUGGAAUUGUUCUUGUAUCUUUAUAAACAUGGUUUAAGAUCGACCUUCUCCAAACAGUUCUGUGUAGAGUUAACAUCGAUUGUGACCGCAGUAAAUUUCUUGUUCGAUGCUCGUUACACUAACAAUUUAAGUUAUUCGGCUAUGUGCUCGUACUUGAAUAGUGAAUAG